AUGGCAGGAUGGAUCAGUGCGACGCAGACCUCCGCUCCCAGCAUCGGCGAGGAUGGCAGUGUAACGAUUACAUUCAUUGUCGACGAUACGGGCGAGGAGCGGAUUGUGACGACGUCUGUUCCCAAUCUUUUAAAAUCAAACGGAACAGCGGAAGAGCUUCCUCCUUUGCGCAAUCCGCCGCUGCUCGAAGCGGCCGACGACCUCACCGGGCUGAGCCACUUGAACGAAGGGUCCGUGUUGCAUACCAUUAUGAAUCGCUACCAGCAGCGCAUGAUAUACACGUACUCUGGUAUUGUGCUGAUUGCGGUUAACCCCUUUUUUUCCCUGAACCUGUAUUCUCCUGAAAUCAUUCAGGCAUACGCAGGAAAGCGCAAAGGGGAGUUGGAGCCCCACUUGUUUGCCGUAGCAGAGGAUGCGUACCGCUGCAUGAUGCGUGACCAGAAGAACCAGACCAUUGUGGUGAGUGGUGAGAGCGGUGCCGGCAAGACCAUGUCUGCAAAGUACAUUAUGCGCUACUUUGCCACGGUCGAGGACCCCGACAAGCCGCGUGUACGGCGUUCAGAGAGCGGCACAGACGGCAUGAGCGCUACGGAGGAGGCUAUUUUAGCGACGAACCCCAUUAUGGAGGCGUUUGGCAAUGCAAAGACGACGCGGAACGACAACUCGUCGCGCUUUGGCAAGUAUCUCGAGAUUAUUUUCGACAAAAAUUACGAGAUCGCAGGCGCCAAGAUGCGCACGUAUCUCCUGGAGCGCUCGCGCCUAGUCUACCAGCCAGAGAUCGAGCGCAACUACCACAUCUUUUACCAGCUGUGUGCUGGCGCACCGCAGGAACUGAAAGACUAUCUUGCGCUUGCGCCCGCCUCAGAAUAUCACUAUUUGCGCCAGGGCGGCGCAGUGAAUCUUGCGAUUGCUGGCGUGGACGAUGCAGAAGAGUUCCGCAGCACAGAGCGGGCCUUGGCGACGCUUGGCCUUGGCCCCGCAGUUCAGAUGCACAUCUUUAGUCUGCUUGCCGCCCUCCUGCAUCUCGGCAACAUUGUUGUGAGUGCCACACGCAGCGACGCAGCCAUCUCGUCUGAGGAUCCCAGCCUGCUGCGUGCUGCCGACACUCUCGGCGUCGAUCCCGCGCUGCUGCGGCAAUGGAUGCUCAAGCGCCAGAUGCAGCUCCGCGGCGAGAAGAUCAUGUCGAACCUGUCUCAGACGCAGGCGACGGCGGUGCGUGAUUCGGUCGCGAAGUACGUCUACACGAGCCUAUUCGACUGGCUCGUCGUCCAGAUGAACAAGUCGCUCGCGCCGAAAGAGGCGCUGGAGCACGCGUCCAUGAUUGGCGUGCUUGACAUUUACGGGUUCGAGUGUUUCAAGCAAAACUCGUACGAGCAGUUCUGCAUUAACUACGCCAACGAGCGUCUGCAGCACGAGUUCAAUCGGCACGUAUUUAAGCUCGAGCAGGAAGAGUACAUUGCCGAGCAGAUUCCGUGGGAGUUUAUCGACUUCUCGGACAACCAGCCGUGCAUUGAUAUGAUUGAGUCUAAGUUUGGCAUUCUUUCCCUCCUCGACGAAGAGUCCAGGCUGCCCAAUGGCUCCGACACUGCUUUCUUGGAAAAGGUCUACGCGCAGAUCCCUGCCAAGGAGGAGUUGCAGCCCUUCUUGUCCAAGCCGCGCUUUGGCGCACAGUCGUCCUUCUCCGUGCGCCACUAUGCGCUGGAUGUCACAUACGAAGUGGAUGGAUUUAUGGAAAAGAACAAGGAUACGGUUCCCGACGAGCUACUCGCCUUGCUUGCGGGCACAAGCAAUGAAUUUUUGGGCGGUGUGCUUGCAGCGCAGGGCUCUGCGCCCGAAGCGGCGCCUGUGCCGGGCCGCAAAGGGCCGCCGGCCAAGAAGCCGACGCUGGGCAGCCAAUUUAAAGGCUCUCUCGGCAGUCUCAUGGACACGAUCAACAGCACCGAGGUGCACUACAUUCGGUGCAUCAAGCCUAACGACGUCAAAGUCGCAUGGGAAGUUGAGCCACAAAACAUUCUUGGCCAGCUGCGCGCGUGCGGCGUCUUGGAAACGAUUCGGAUCAGCUGUGCGGGCUACCCAAGCCGCUGGGACUUUACCGACUUUGUAGAGCGAUACUACCUCCUUGCUCCGAGCAAGCACUGGAACAUGUCGUCGAUGGAGGGUGUGAUGCAACUCUCCAAGCACAUCUUGUCGGCGACCCUGGACGAGGGGAUGUACCAUGUCGGUCUUAACAAGAUCUUCUUCCGCGCAGGCGUCUUGGCGUCCUUCGAGCAGAUGCGCAAGAAUGUGCUUUACGCACGCACCCGCCAAAUCCAAACGUCCUGGCGCAAGUUCCACGCCCAGAGCCGGUUCCAGUCUUUGCAGCGUGCAUCGCUCGCAAUUCAAGUCGCCACGCGUCGGCACCAGGCCAUGCUGCGAUUCCAGACAGAGCGUGUGCGCCGCAUAGCGCUCCGACUGCAGACGCAAGUGCGCGCUUUUCUUACGCGGCGCCGCACCAAUGCACUGCGCAGUACCAUUGUUCUCCUCCAGACCGCCUGGCGCGCGAAAAAAGCGCGCCAAGUGGCCAUUGCGACGCGCGAAGCGCAGGACGCGACCGGUCUGCAGCGCCUCAUUCGCGGCGCUUUAGAACGCCGCCGCGUCGCACAACACUGCAAAAAGGUGGUGCUUGUCCAGUCGCUCUACCGCCGCCGUUGCGCCAAACGCGCAUUUGCGCAGCGCAAGACCGAGGCAAAGAGUGCGACGCACUUUCAAGAAGUGUCCUACCGCCUGGAAAACAAAGUUGUGGAUCUCACACAGUCUUUGCAAACGCGCACGAAGGAGAAUCGCGAGCUUCGCGCGCAGCUCGUCGACCUCCAGAGCCAGCUAGCAACGUGGCAAAACAGGCACGAAGAGCUCGGUGCGCGCGCGCGCGGGCUCCAAGAAGAAGUCGAACGCCCUUCUGUGCCCACGCCCAAGUUUGAGCAGAUCCGUACAGAGGGUGCGCAGCUCACUGCCCAGCUUGACCAGGCUCAGGAGCGGAUCAUCCAGCUGGAGCAUGACAUUGGCACGCUCCAGUCGCAGCUCAAUGCACGCAUGCAAGAGGAGCAGGAGCUUGCGCCCGACUCUGUCGUCCAGUCGCUCCGCAGCGAGAUUGCCGUUCUGCGCGAGCAAUUGGGCCGGGCCAAUGCGCUCAACGCCAAGAACGGCGGCACUGUUCCGCUCGCUUCUGCCGCUGCGCGCGAUGGCAGACGUCUUUCGCGUCGUUCGGCGGACAUGAGCGAAGGCUUCGAAGAAGAGGCCGAGCCCGACAUAUACGAGCCACAUGUCAACCCUGAAGAGAUUAUUGAGCUGCUGGAGAACGAGGUGCAGCUUGACGAGGAUGUGCUGCAAGGGCUAGUGCGCUACCUCAAGAUUCCCGCGCCGUCGCUGCAGAAUCCGCCGUCGAUGAAGGAAGUCUUGUUCCCAGCGCACUUGAUCAGUCUUGUCACCAACGAGAUGUGGAAGUAUGGACUUGUGCGCGAGAGCGAGCGGUUCCUUGCCAAUGUCAUGCAGACGAUCCAGCAGCACGUUAUGGAUUUCUACGCAGAGGAGGCCGUUGUCCCGGGCAUUUUCUGGCUCUCCAACGUCCACGAAAUUUUGUCGUUUGUGUGCAUUGCAGAGAGCGAUAUGCUCCAAGGUGUGGGACCGGGCAUCGAUGGCUCUGCACGCGACUUUGAGUGGGGCGACUACGAGCGGCUGGUCACCAUUGUCAAGCACGACCUAGACAGCCUGGAGUACAAUAUCUACCACACGUUUAUGCAGCAGGCAAAGAAGCAGCUGAACAAGAUGGUCGUGCCUGCAUUGGUCGAGUCGCAGUCGCUCCCGGGCUUUAUCACCAACGACUCGGGCGGCAGGCUCCUCAACAGGCUUCUCGCCGGGAAUCAUGCGCCGACGUACGCCAUGGACGAUAUCCUCGGCCUCUUGAACAAGACGUGGAAGUGCUUGAAGAGCUACUAUGUCGAGCCGAGUGUCACGCAGCAGGCCAUCACGGAGCUGCUCAAAAUGAUCGGCGUGACGAGCUUCAACGACUUGCUCAUGCGCCGCAACUUUUGCUCCUGGAAGCGGGCGAUGCAAAUCCAGUACAAUAUCACGCGCUUGGAAGAGUGGUGCAAGUCGCAUGAUAUGCCAGAGGGAUCGCUGCAGCUCGAGCAUUUGCUCCAGGCGACCAAGCUUUUGCAGCUGAAGAAGGCGACGAUGGGCGAUAUUGAUAUCAUCUACGAUGUGUGCUGGAUGCUUACUCCUACUCAGAUUCAGAAGCUCAUCAGCCACUACCACGUCGCGGACUACGAGAAUCCGAUCUCACCAGAAAUUCUCAAGGCGGUUGCAAGUCGUGUCGUGCCAAACGACCGCAACGACCAUCUUUUGCUGCCGCCAGAGGUAGACGAGGCUGGGCCAUACGAGCUGCCUGUUCCGCGCGAGGUUACUGGGAUCGAGACGUACUGCCCGGCGUACCUGAAUGUGCCGCUGCUGCGCAACUUGGCGAGUAAAGUCGCGUGA